CGGGGCAAGCCGGAACAAGCUGUCCCUGGGAACCCGCAGACUCCUUCACUCCUUUUCAGAACCCCAUUCUCUUUCAGAGAGACAGGAAGGGGUUCCAAGGGACUUGAAUACGGCCCCUUCAUAGGAGACCUUGGUGGAGACUCUUAGCUGCUCCGGAGCCGAUCCUCCGGAACGGGGCGCCCCUCCCCUCCCCCACACCCCUUGGGCUUUACUCUGGCUCUCUGCAAAGGGAGGGGACAGCCAGGGAGCCCUGUGCAUCACCCAUCUCUGAGCUGCAGACGAGGAGCCCCGCGCCCUCGGGAACCUCAGCAGCUUGCCCUCGGCUGCGCGGGGGUGAGGGUUGUCCCCGCCGCCCCCACCCGAGGCUCGCCCUCGCUCCCUCUCUCUAGCCCCGCCAGCCGGAGCGCGCACACCGGGGCUCCCGCACGUGGGCGCGCGGGAGGCGGCGGCCGCUGCUGCCCGAACCUGAGCCCGAGCCCGGCAGAUCGCCCUCCAUGCUGCGGGAGCCGCGGCCGCCUCACGCUCAGCCUCUCGCCCCAGCCGAGCACUGUGAGCAGGCGAAGCAGCGGAGGGGACCCGGCCGGUGACGCGAGCGGCGCAGCGGGCUAGAGCGAGCCAGGCUCCGAGCGAAGGGCGCCUGCUUGCGGGGAGCAGGCAGUCUGGCUGGGUCGCUCGCCCUCAGCUCCUGACAACGCUGAGAGAUUCGGGCAGUGCGAUGUCCCUGUGCUGCUUCUAGGCGGUGGCCAGGGACGCCUCCUGCAGCUGCUCUGCCGGCACCGGCAGCCCCCAAUUCCCUUUCAUCCCCAAGUCCUCGGAUCGCUCCCGGAGGACGCGCCUGGGCACAUUGGGAGAAGCGGGCGCCAAGUCCGAAGUCUGUUCCCAGCACCACCAACUUCCCCGGGAGCCCCUCGGCCCGCUGCAGCCUGCGCCAGCCCCGGGAGCGAUGCGCCCCCAGCCGGGCGGCGCGCCCUCUGCCAACUCGCCACCCAUGGGAUCCACUGCCCUCGGCCGCCCCGCUCAGAGCGCGUAGCUCAAGCAGCGCGGCCCAGGAGAGGAGUGAGAGACACUCAAGGGUUUCGCUGACCCUGCGUGCACUAGACUGCUGAGAACCCCUACAAGAGAAGCAUCUACAUUUGAGGCCACAUGGCCUGGAGCUACAGAGAAGGCUCGGUGAUUAACAAUACUGCCUGUUCUUCUGGAGGGCCUGGGUCCAUCCCCAUCACCCACAUGGAGACGAUCUGACACUCCAAUUGCAGGGGUCUGACACCCUCUUCUGUCCUCUAUGUUUUGAUGUUCUUCAAGUGGAAGAUCACCGCAUUGGCGAUCCAUUAGAUACUGUAUUAGGAACAAAGUGUUGAUGUCCUCUCGCCUAUGACCCCUAAGCAUCCCAAACCAGAAGUGUCUGCAGCCCAGCUACAAGAAGGAGACAUAGAAGAGCCCUCUAUCCUUGGAACUUGGAAACAGCUACACUGGAUUCUGUGUGGAAAUUAAGGAGACUGUUGCUGUGGUGGGGGCCUGAGAACAUUAUUUCAUCCCAAUGUUGCUCUGACAUUUGUGUCUAAGAUUCAAGAAGAGUAAGAAUAAAAGAUGCCUCAGGAACAGUAUUCCCACCACAGGAGCACCAUGCCCAGCUCUGAGGGGCCACACAUAUACAAAGUGGGGAUUUACGGCUGGAGGAAAAGAUGCCUGUAUUUCUUUGUCCUGCUCCUCAUGAUUUUAAUACUGGUGAACUUGGCCAUGACCAUCUGGAUUCUCAAGGUCAUGAACUUCACAAUUGAUGGAAUGGGAAACUUAAGAAUCACAGAAAAGGGUCUGAAGCUAGAAGGAGACUCAGAAUUCUUACAACCUCUCUACGCCAAAGAAAUCAAGUCCCGACCAGGUAAUGCCCUAUACUUCAAAUCUGCCAGGAACGUGACAGUGAACAUUCUCAAUGAUCAGACAAAAGUGCUGACUCAGCUGGUGACAGGUCCGAAGGCUGUGGAAGCAUAUGGCAAAAGGUUUGAAGUAAAAACUGUUUCUGGAAAAUUGCUCUUUUCUGCGGAUGACAGUGAAGUGGUCGUGGGAGCUGAGAGAUUGAGAGUCUUAGGAGCUGAAGGCACAGUCUUCCCCAAAUCCAUAGAAACACCUAAUGUCAGAGCAGACCCCUUCAAGGAACUAAGGUUGGAGUCCCCAACCCGAUCUCUAGUGAUGGAAGCCCCAAAAGGAGUAGAAAUAAAUGCAGAAGCUGGCAAUAUGGAAGCCAUCUGCAGAAGUGAGCUGAGACUGGAGUCCAAGGAUGGAGAGAUUAAGUUAGAUGCUGCGAAAAUCAAACUACCUAGACUGCCUCGUGGAUCCUACACACCCACAGGAACGAGGCAGAAGGUCUUCGAGGUCUGCGUCUGCGCCAAUGGGAGGUUAUUCCUGUCCCAGGCAGGAACUGGUUCUACCUGUCAGAUAAACACAAGUGUCUGCCUUUGAAAGACUAUCCAUAGUGGACAAUUGCCGGCAGCAUAAAGGCCCUUUUUGGCUUGAAACACUGGCUGCCAGCUAUUUUUACUAGAACACAGAAAGCCUAUCAAAGCCCUUUUGUGUGUAUGUGUAUGUGAGUGUGUAUGAGUGGGUUGUGUGAGUGAAUAUAAAUAUAUAUAAAUAUAUAUAAAUAAAUAUAUAUAUAUAUCCUCUGUAUAAAAUGAGGUUUCAGUACAAAAGGAACCAUGGGUGACCCUGUGACAUCAUCCACUGUCAUCUUUCUGCCCCAUUCCCAUCAUCCACAUGACAGAAUAUAAGCACUCAUUCAGGCCCAGCAUUUCCCAGGCAAUUUUAAAUCAUACAGUGGAUUGAGAACCCACAAAAUAUCCAUCUAUGUGUUCAGUAAACCACCAAGCUUCUCUUGUAGAGUCAUUAGAGGCAGUGAUGGCGGGAAUCUUCAGGUCACUCUCAAGUGCUGAUAUACUGGUCAAAAAGAAAACAUAGACCCAUCUGUAAUUCUAACACCAAGGAGGUUGUGGUGAUGGAGGCCAGUCUGGGCUACAUAGUGAGACUAUGUUAAAAACAUGGACAUUUGGUUUCCCUUUCUUAGCUUCACUCAAGCUGGUCACAUUCUCUUCGACAUAAGGAUGAAGUAAAACCAUAGAAAUUAGCCAUAAGAACUUAAAAUGGCCACCCUCCUUUUGUAGACCAACAUUCUAGGAGUUAUGUGACUAAAUGAAUAGGGAUAGGUAGUACUGCAUUCUGAAAUAACUUAAGCCACUCACCUAACUUCUAUUAUUCGACUUCCUUUAAACUCGCGUAUUCUCCAACAGUCAAUGAGUAAGAGCGUUGAAGUAGAAGUAAGAGCUUUCAGCAUAGAAGAGGAGACUGGUUCCUCCUCUCUAGGCUAGAAACCACUCAAUGGCCUUACAAGUAAAGAUGAUGAGCGAAACAUCUAAGGGAAAAUAGUCUCACAAGCUUUUAGAUUCUCCUUCCUGACUUUAUCCAACAGAUGGACUCAAAAUCAUUAAAUCAAUCCAAAUCCCAAAGAGUGAGCUCUAGAUCCCAGGAGAUCACUCUUUUACAUCAUUUUAAGAUAAAAAUCUAACCAAGAAAACCAUAGGGAAGCUAGCUAAUUCUCACAAGUUUCUUGAGAUGAGUGGGCCAUUCACAGACAGGUCAUAUUUUCAAGGGCUUGCACAAUCUCUCUUGCUUUGCUCUUGUAUAUUUUGCCAGUGCUGGGCUAUUCAUAUUCCUGAACUCACUGUUGUGUUUUUCCCUAGGAGUCACAAACCUAAGACUCUACAUGCUUCCAGAAUUGCUAAUGGCAAGUUAAUAUAAACAGGGUCAUGUGUCUGCAUCAGAAUCACUGUGUUCCCUGGGCUCAGCAGCACCCACUCCCCAUGUGUGAAAAUAGCUUUCUAAUUCCCGCCAUCAGCUACCUCUUACCACCUCACCUUCAUUACCAUGCCCCAGGGUCACCCUGGCCAGCUCUUGUGCUGGGACAGGGGAUUAUACCAUCUCUGUUCAAAGAGGGGGAAAUGUGCCUAUGCCUUAAGCCAAUGCACUCAGCAAGGAGAAGCACAUCCUAUUUAUCUUGUUACCUGUAGUUUAUUUUGGGUGGUUGGAGGGAAGUUGUUUAGUCAUGACUGGAUACCAGAAACUGCUAGACAAACCAGUUCCCACAUUUGGGAUCUGAAGAGCCCAGAAUGUAGGUGUAACUGGCUUAGAACAUCCUUGAAGCCAGUAGACAAGCAGUGACCCUAAAAUCUUGAAUGAAGAUGUAUCAGUAGGCCUGAAUGGCAUUUGGUUUUGGUUUUGUUUGCCACAAGGUUCUAAUUUUUCUUACUUCACAAGAUGAAUGGUUUGUUAUAAGAGACAACAAAGAAGUUUGCUAUUUUCGAUAUGACAUACAAGCAUCAGUCUGAGGUUUGUACACAUGGGGUGUACUCCUCAGUUGCUUAUUGUCACAAUGAAGGGACUUUCCUAUCCUGACUCAUGACUUGGACUUCUGGCUUCUAGGCCAGGCCUGGCUCCCCUCACCCUCACUGCAUAUCUUGUGCAGAGGCACUGGACGGUCAAUCUUAGAGCAAGAUCCUUAAAAUUGUUUCAUUUGAAGUAUGGAGCUCUAAAAGGGGAUCCUGUGAGAGGCCUCGGGUUACUAGAUGCUUGUGUUACCAGUAUCUUGUAGGCCCUUUAUGCCAGGACCUACAUGUAUCACACACACAGGAUUCAUUUCAAGUCACAAAAAGCCCUUCUUAGCUAUUACAUAAUUCAAAUAAACAAUAACUCUGAAGUCCCUUGAGUUCAUAAAGAAGACAGGGUUAUUUGAGGCAGGUGGAAGGGGUGUUUUCUUUUGUUUGAACAGACAAACUACCUUUGCAUCUCACACCUAUCAUCUAUAGAUGAGAAGAAAUAACAGAGUUCCCUGAACCUCUUCUGAUUUUAUUUACCAGUUGUGACAUAAAAGUCAUAUUCCUCAUGAAUUUUUUGACAAUUAAAAACUGAUGUGGUCACAAAUGCAACAUUGAACCCUAGAGCAAGCAAGCAAAUCAAGCACUAACUUGAUUCACACACAAACACACAAUAAAAAUAAUAUCAAUUGGGGAUAUAAAUCAAACAUCUCUGGAGGAAUACAUGAUACAAAAUGGUGGUUAAUUCUGACUUUCAAUUAUGUUAAAGGACCACAAUCCAUCAGGGAGUAAACAGGAUCUCUGGCAUGAGUAAGAUUAUGUAUUUCAGUUCAGACUAGAAACUGGUAAAAUGCAUCCUUAGUUAGCCAAUGAACUUCUUGCACCUGCCCACCCAAUGCUCCAACAAUAACAUUUGUCCUUAGUCACUAAAGAAACUUUCACCAGAAUUCGUGGAGUGGGGUUGGGAGAGGAGGGGACCAGCAUAUAUAUUGAUGUCUGCUAACCCCUACUUUUUAGGAAAAGAAAAUGAAUCUUUUUGGUCUUUAUAUAUAGUAUCUUUUAGACAAACACACUUCCAGGUCUAUUAAGCAGCUGGUAGAAUAGCAUGAUUCAAACAAACCUUCAGCCUCCUGGAACUUCUGGUAUUCUACUGGGAUACUACUAUUCUUCAGAAACUAUUUUACAAAUCAAAGUGGGAUCUCCAGAUAUAUUUAUCACUUACUUCUUCUUGGCAUUGCCAUUCUGAAAAUCAUGAGUGUUCCAUUUGGAGGGACGACUUCAAGACAGCAGAUGUUUUGAAAUGCUCCAUGGUGGCAGUUGUCUAGAUAGAAACUUGAUGCGUGACUCCAUAGUGGUUAAGUGACUAAGGGACAGCACUCACAGACUUGAAUUGGUAUUUAGCUUCCUUUGGGUUAUUCUCUCUCUAGAUAAAUGUUGUUGCACAUCUACAACCCAUAGACCAAAGAUUGCUUGAAGGUUGAUGCUAUUGAAAGGGUCAAUAAACUAUGAAUUGGAGACUAAGCCUGAUUCCACGGCCAGCAACAUUUAUAUGCCACUCUAUACCCCACCCCCACAGUUGACUGCAUGGCCAGAAAACCAUUAUGAUUAUAUAGCCCUUGAUAAAAAAGCAUUUGCUGACCCCUGAGCUACAGGUCACUUGUGGGAUAUGUUAUACGUAAUGGAACAGAAGGUGGAUUUCUCAGGAACAGGGAGUAGCCUGUGUUUCCCUGGGAGCUUGGGAAUAUGGAACUUGACUGAGUGUUUGAAGAAGGACGUGACUAAAAGAGAAGGCAGAUCAGAGGACUUGGGGUAACUGAGGAAGUGGGGUGAAAAGAAGCUCCUGAACAAGCAAGAUGUGUCCUCAUUGCUCACUCUUUCCAGAGGAGCUUUGACAGGUGUUUUUCAGGUGACCAAUGUUUGACCAGAAGUGAGCAAAGAAAAGUGAUCUUGAUUCACAGUCUCUUCCCUAAAAAUUCUUGAGUCUAUCUGCACCCAAGAAGACUGCAUCUUCCCAUGUGCCAGGGAGACUUCCACACCUAGUCCUCCAGAGAAUAGUUUUGACCUUAUAUGACCCCUGUUGCCUAUACCUCCUGUAGAGCCAGUGUCCCUACAGCCCCACAUUAGACCGCUGACUAAUGGGAAGGAUGAGAAGCAAGGACACCUUUGUGUAUGUAGGAAUAAGUAACCACUGAGAUCCUUUCCAUGGAGCCACUUGUAGGAGUGACCAGAUGAAUGGCAGUUUACUUUUGCUCUUAGGAAUUUGGGUCUUUUCUUUGUUCCUUGAGGUAGAGGGAAUCCAAAAGGGGAGGGGGGACAUGUUUCAUAUGCACAUACGUCUCUCUGCUUCUGUGCAGUAAGACAGAUUCCUACUGUAAAUCUGGCCCUUUUGCUGAUAGUAGCUUUGUACUUAAUAUGCUAACUGAGCAUCAUGAUAAAUGAAUCUUAGAGAAUGUGAGUAUUCACCUUGGAGAGGCAGAAUGUGUUUCAAUGAGAAUGUCCACCAUUUUUGGUCCUUAAUCUACAUCAUGACAGGAAAACCCUCUGCCUUCCAUAUGAAAACAUUGGAACUAUCAGGUUGGCAGAGCAAUGAGAGUAUCCUGGCUUUAUUUAUUAUAAACAAAAGGUAGCAUAAUGCUUGGGCCAAAGUGUUGACUUGAUCCAUUUUAAGCACCCGAUCUUUUUUUAAGGAUCAAUGAAAUGAAAAAAAAAAUCUUAUUUAUGUAAGUUGUAAACAAGACCAGAUCUCUCUCCCUACACCACACACUUUAGGUAGUCUUAGAUACAAAGACAAGAUGAUAAUCAGCUCUUUGAAUGAUACAUUGGCAUGGCACACCCGUAGCAGGCAGGUGAGAGGACAGUUCUAAUGAAAGAAACAACCUUAGAAAACAGGUCUUUCAUCUCAAAGAUAAAAUGUCUCUCUUGCAGUCUUUCAUCAUUUUUUCCUUGGAGGAAGGCUUCCCUGGUUCCAUUUUUCCAUUAAAAUAGUUGAAACUUACUGCAUUGGGAUGUUAGAUGCAUCUCUUCCUCUGUGGUAAUCGGAAUUUAAAAUUAUACAGUUGCCUCUGAAUUUCUCAUUCACAAAGCCAAACCACUGAUAAGUGAUAAAGCAGCCACCAGCCUGCUGCUCCAGCCAGCACAAUACACCAUAGGCAUUAGCACUCUCUAAAGCAAUGUGAUUCAUAAGAGUCUUAAAAGCUUUCUUCAUAAUGGAGUCCUUGAAAUUUGUCAAGGCAGGUCUGAAUGGCAAAGGGAAAAUAAUUUCUCGUGGGACGUCCUCUUUCUGAGUAUAGUUAGAGUACAAGUAUAAAAGAAAAUCCCUUGGUAAUGUCCAUGCUCACACAGGUUAUUUGGUGCCACCCCCACCCCAACGCCCAGUCUUGCUUUUGUAGAAAUGGGCAGAGUAAGAAAUCAGUAUCUUCUUUUGAGGAAGAUAGAAUGUCAUGAGCCUUUGAUGCAGUAGGGAGGGUUAAGUCACAACACAGGAUUGAUGAUGCCAUCAGACACUUCCAUAAAGAGUUGGAAGUAUAUGGCAACAGCAGUGCCAACUGCUGCUCCUCAAGACCAGCAACAGGAAGCAUCAGGACAUGCUUUGAGGUUACAGUUGGAAUAGACCAAAGCAACAGUUGCUGUAGGCAAGAAGCAGUUUUAAAGUUCCAACCCACUUGUCCUCCUAGGACAUCAGAGUCCUCAGCCAAAAGCCUUACUCAGUGGGUCACCAUCCUCAGUGCAAAGUGUGUGGCUUUUGCUUCCUCACUAAACAUAACAAAUUUAAAGCUGCCCUUACCGAGAAAAGGAAGGGAAGGAAAGGAAACAUAUGUUUAAGAUUUAAAAACAACAACAACAAAAAAAAAAAAAACUGCCCUGCAUACCCAGAGUGUCUUCAAAGUCCAUUUUUACUUUCUUUGACGCAGGAAGCAGAAGAUAUCUUAAAUUUCAUAAAAUAAGAGACUUCAAACUAAACUAUUCAUUAAGUUGAGUGGUAAAACAGCAGAUUGUCUAAGGACUAGGAAAUGACAUUGGCCAAUAGGGAAGACAUUGGUGCUUAGUGUUCCUGUUAACAUGACUUGUGAGACUGUGGGACCUUCAGGAUCAUGGACUAUUUCUUUUUAGAACAGGAGAGAAGCUAUAAAAUGUCACCACAAGUCAUGUCUUCAAAACUCAUGCAUAAAACAACAGGUUUCCUUGGAUCCACAGCCUACCCUAAAAUAUGGAAAGAAAUAGACUCUAUGUUCCAAUCAUUAUCAGAAUUGUAUACUAAUAGUCAUUGAACUGUGCACUAGGUGCUGUGCUAAAUGCUUUAUUAUACAUCCAGUGAGUUCAGUACAUUGGAGUUGAACUCACUACAAGGUGAGUUCACAGAUAUGGAAACACUGGGACUUCAAGAAGCUAAGAAACACAUUCUAAUUCAUCUAUAAAAUGACCAAGCCAGAGUAUGAGCCUCACUUCUGAGGAGUCACCAACAUUUCAAUUUAGUUUUCAAGUUGGUGGGCAGUGCUUUCCUAGGCUUUAAACUAGACCUUCUUGAACGAAUGAGGCUACAGAAUUUUUGCAUCUCCAUAUUCUACAAUUACUUAUCAAGGUUGCAUACAAUAGUAAAGUGCAGAUAUGUGGAGUGGAAAUAUAGAAUAACUUAAUAACAGAAUCUAGAGCAACAUUUUUUGUUGUUCUGGUUGUGAUUCUUGUUAAGUCAGACUCCUGGUCCUUAUGAUUAGAAGAGCCUCAUAUGUAGGAGAAAAUUUAAAUAUUCAGUAAUGUAUCUAUAUGGAUGUAUGCUGUGCUCCAUAUAUAUAUAUAUAUAUAUAUAUAUAUAUGUAUAUAUAUAUAUAUAUAUAUAUAUAUAUUCCUUCUCACAUACCUCCCUCCAAAAAAAAUCAAAUGUCUUAUUUUAUGUGAGCUAUUUGACACUAUUAGACUCUCCUUUUACUUCUAGUGAAAUAAAAUCAUCAAAUAAAUCAGGUCUCUAUCUCUAUCACUGAGAACUACCUAAGACUCAAUCAUUAACAUCCAAUACCUUAUGGAGCAAAGCAAACUACUCUGUCUCUAUAAUGGCUUAAUCCUCACCCCUUGUCAACUACCACUAAAGGGCCAUAUCCCUCCCCAGGUGCAGAAUUCUUAUCACUUUUUGGCUAUCAGCACCAAUUCUCAUGAGCUGGAAAUGAAAGGCAUUCUACACCUUAGCCAAAGCACCUCUUUUACAUUAGCAUUCUUCAGCCUUGAAACUAUAGGCAUCCCAACUGGAAAGUAAAAAGUGAGUACAUCUGCAGCUCAUUGUAACUGGGUAGCUUUGGAACAUUGGCGUCUUCUGAACACAGAAUUGGAGGUUGGUCCAUAGGAGUUAAUAGACAAGAUCUUGUUUUGAAAUUUUAACUCAGCCAAAGUCUGUCUAGAUAAAUUACAUACUACCAUGUCCUUGUAAAAAGCCUUGCUGUUGGCUUGCCCCUCCCAGAUCCGAGAUGCUAAGAGUUAAGGCCAAUUGCAUCCUUCUCGGGACAGUGGAGGGUCUGGAUACUCUCAAACUUAUUCCCAAGGCUAGAGCUUAUUUGCUUCCACUGCUCAUAAAACCUUAGGAAUGGUUGGGUCAGUCAUGGAUUUCCCAUCUACUGGUGUCAGUUUCCAAAUGGCAAAACAUGUAUGUGUACCUUUAAUGGGUCUCAUGUAACCAACCUAACAGAACCCUGAAAGAGAUUGGAGACUAUAACAAAUAGGAACCGAUGGCAUAUUUAUAAUGGAGUAACACAAAAGCAAUUUCCAUCCAAUAUUUUCAUGAAGAGGUGGGAUAGAUUUUCUUAUCUCUCUUAGUCAACAUUUUGCCCACAAAAGCAUACCUGAUGUGGUCAUACUUUAGAUAGGAGGUAGGACAUCCCUCAUGAUGGAUACCCUUUGGAGAAGACACUCUGGGACUCUUAACAACAACAAAAAAAAAAAUGUGGUCAUAAAAGUUCAAUUGUUCUGUGAUUAUGAACUUUGAAAAAGGAACCACAUCUGGAUGAAUAAAGCAAUGGAGUAUUUACUUUGUGUUAUUUUAGGUUUUAUUUUAUUUUGUUUCGUUUUGUUUUCUCUGGGUUUGGGUGUGAGAUGAGAAGAGUGUUUUAGUUUUGUUUAAAUAACAUCAAUCCUUGCACACUCUAUGCAAAACUUUUGUAAGCAUUGCAAUAAUGCUAUGAAUUACAAGGAACUAUUUUAACUUUAUUACACUUUCUGUAUAAAAACAAAUUUGUAUUUAAUAUUAUUUCAACUGCAGUCUUGUAAAAUAUAUUAAUAAAAAAUAAUGAUUGGUAAGAA